AUGUAUUCAACUGCCUACGGUAUUGCACGCAAACGUAACUGUUGUAUGCACUAUCAUGCUCAAGAUUUAGAUGAACUCCGUCAAAUAUUUUUGCUAAACGGAUCAAAUGUAUGUCUUACGUCAGAUAAAAAUUUUGCAAAAUUAAAAAAUAUUCCACGUGCCAAUAAUGGAGGUUGCAUAUUUUAUUUGGAGUUAAUACAUAACGUCUAUAAUAAGUCACUUGAAUUAACCGGUUAUUGGCAAAGUUAUCGUUAUUUUAUUGAUUAUGAACAAGAAAUUCGUAACCAGUUUCUAUUUAAUGAUAAUAUUUUAUCGAAAGCGACGUCGUAUGUACUUCUUCACAAUACUCAAAAUCGUAUACUUGUUGGUAUCCAUAUUCGUCGUGGUGAUUUUCUUUCAUUUAGACAUAGUACAAUCGGAGGAGUAUUGGCAUCAUCAAUUGAGUAUAUUCAGAACGGAAUGAACUAUUUCACUGAAAAAUACUCGAAUCCGCUUUUCAUCGUUGUUAGUGAUGAUAAAUUGUGGUGUGAGGAGACUUUGGGAUUAAGAAAUGAUGUGGUCAUCACACCGUACAAUUUUUCGGCAGCUGAUGAUUUGGCUGUAUUGACCUUGUGUGAUCAUAAUCUAAUUACUACAGGUACCUAUAGUUGGUGGGCUGGCUUUUUUGCUAAAGGUGAAGUGAUCUACGAUAAAAGUUAUCCAAAGGAAGGUGGUUUGCUUGCAUGGAAUUGUCAAAAGGAUGAUUAUAUCCCAUCAUCGUUCAAGGCUCUAGCGUAG